CUCCUCCCCGCCAGCCGCUACGCCCUCAUCGCCAGCCCGGCCCUCUUCAACCGGGUCUUCUCCCGCCUGGCCGCGGGGCUGGUAGCCCUGGCCACCUGGGUGCUCGGCUUCGCCAGCUUCGCCCCGCUCUGGCCCGUCUUCGUGCUGGUGCCCAAGGUCUGCACCUGCAGCUUCCACCGCAUCAAGGGCCGGCCCUACACCACCAUCCUCAUGGCCUUCUACUUCGUGGUGGGCCUCAGCACCGUGGGCAUCUUCUACUUCCUCAUCCACCGCAAGGUGAAGGGGGCCUCCCAGGCCAUGGACCGCUACAAGCUGAAGAAGGCCAGCGUGAAGGUCAUGCCCAGGGCCCACUCGGCCGAGGAGCUGGACAGCGGGGUGGCCACGGGCGUCUCCCAGCCCUCCAGCAGCACGGAGCAGGGCCACACCUCCGCG